AUGCAGACCCACAACCUCACAGUGGUGACAGAAUUCAUCUUGAUGGGCAUCACUGAACGCCCUGAGCUGCAAGCACCAUUAUUCGGACUGUUCCUCAUUAUCUAUCUGAUCUCACUGGCUGGCAACUUGGGCAUGAUCAUCCUCACCAUGGUGGACUCCAGGCUGCAAACACCCAUGUACUUCUUUCUCAGACACCUUGCUACUACAGAUCUUGGUUAUUCAACAGCUGUGGGACCCAAAAUGUUAAGAAAUUUCCUUGUGGAUCAAAAUACAAUAUCUUUUUAUUUUUGUGCUAUCCAGUUGUCUUUCUUUAUUAUAUUCAUUGUUAGUGAAUUUUUUAUUCUCUCUGCAAUGUCUUAUGACCGAUAUGUUGCCAUCUGUAAACCACUCCUCUACACUGUCAUUAUGUCACAAAGAGUAUGUUGGAUACUAGUCAUCAUCCCCUAUCUCUACAGUUUAAUUGUCUCACUUCCACUUACCAUUAAGAUUUUCACUUUAUCCUUCUGUGACCACAAUGCCAUCAGUCAUUUCUACUGUGAUUGUCUGCCCUUGUUAUCUUUGGCCUGCUCAAAUACACAAGAAAUUGAGGUGAUAAUUUUGAUCUUAUCAGCUUUUAAUUUGCUUUCUUCUCUUCUAGUAGUCAUUGUGUCCUAUCUAUUCAUCCUUACAUCUGUUCUCAGGAUGAACUCAGCUGAGGGCAAAAGGAAGGCUUUCUCUACAUGUGGGUCCCACCUGACAGUAGUCAUUGUCUUCUAUGGGACUUUGAUAUUUAUGUAUUUGCAGCCUGUGUCCAUUCACUCCUUUGACACUGAUAAAGUGAUUUCUGUCUUUUACACUCAGGUUAUCCCUAUGUUGAAUCCCUUAGUCUACAGCUUGAGGAACAAAGAUGUAAAAGAUGCCCUUAAAAAAACAAUGGGAAAGCUACGCAAUAUUGUCUUGUAG